GGCUUCGGUCCUACCGAAGCUGUCGGCCGCCAUGGAGGCGCUGGAGGAGGUGGUCUGGGGCUUGCUGCGCCUCUUGCUCGCCGUGUCCGUCCUGGCGUUUGGCCUCUACUGCUGCUACCUAAAAUCAAUCCAUAUGAAAUACGAUCACAUCCCCGGCGCCCCAAGGGCUAGCUUUUUCUUUGGCCACAUGCCAAUGCUAUGGAGAAUACUGAAAAAUAAGGAAUGUGCUCAUGACCUCUUCUUGCAAUGGGCUAAUGAAUAUGGACCCGUCUUCCGUUUUAAUGCCUUUCACAGAGUCGCAAUAUUGGUAUUAAGUCCUGAAGGAGUAAAGGAGUUCCUGAUGUUGCCACAAUACCCAAAGGAUCGAAUUACAUAUGGACGUCUUUUUAAUUUAUGCGGUGUACGAUUUUUAGGGAAUGGCUUGGUGACGGAUCUUGAUUAUGACCAUUGGCACAAGCAGCGGAGAAUUAUGGACCCGGCCUUCAGUCGAAAUUACCUGAUGGGUUUGAUGGCGCCCUUUAAUGAGCAAACAGAAGAGCUUAUGAGGGAGCUGGAUGAAAAAGCCGAUGGAGAAACUGCGGUGGAUGUGAUGAGCCUGCUGAAACGCGUGACGCUGGACAUCAUUGCAAAGGUAGCCUUUGGCCUCGAACUGAACACCCUACAUGAUGAGAGCACACCUUUUCCGCAUGCGAUGAAUAUGAUCAUAAAAGGACUGGGUCAGUCACGCAAUCCAUCAUUUAAGUAUCUGCCAAAGUACAGGAAAGAAGUGAAAGAGGUUCAGGAGAGCUUGCUGUUGCUGCGCCGUUUUGGCAGAGAGUGUAUCAAACAGAGACGCAAAGCCAUCCGGAAUGGGGAGGAGAUCCCAUUGGAUAUUCUUACUCAGAUACUGAAGGGUGCAGCUGAGGAAGGGGACUCCGAUGAUGAAAUUCUCCUGGACAAUUUCGUCACUUUCUUCAUCGCAGGUCAUGAGACCACUGCCAACAUGUUGUCUUUUACCAUAAUGGAACUGGGACGGCAACCUGACGUAAUGAAGAAACUUCAGGCUGAAGUGGACGAGGUUGUUGGCGCGAAGAGAGAUGUUGCCUAUGAAAAUCUCACGGAGCUUAAAUACUUAUCACAGGUUCUCAAAGAAUCCCUGCGGUUAUAUCCACCGGCUUCAGGAACUGUCCGCUGGACAGAAAAGGAAUGUGUCAUUGAAGGAAUCAAAAUUCCAGCAAAAACCACUGUAAUGUUCAGCACCUAUGUCAUGGGACGUAUGGAAAGGUUUUUCAAGGAUGCGCUGGUCUUUGAUCCUGAGCGAUUUAGCAAAGACCAGCCAAGGCCGUCCUUUUGCUACUUCCCAUUUUCCCUGGGGCCUCGUUCCUGUAUUGGGCAGAUAUUUGCACUGAUGGAGGCUAAAGUGGUGAUGGCCAAGUUCCUGCAGCGGUUUGAAUUCCAGCUGGUUCCACCUCAGAGCUUUAAGAUUCUGGACACAGGAACACUGACGCCAUUGGAUGGUGUGGUGUGUCGGCUGAGGCCACGCCGUCAGAUGGGCGGGGAAGGAAAUACUUACUAGAGCGUGUUUAAAAGUGCACUUUAUACACGGAGAACUGACAUCCCCCCCAACCGCUGUGGGUCAGGCUGCCCUCCAGUCAUUCACAAGAUGCUUUUAUGUAUAGCAGUAUCAUUGGUUCACACGGUUUGAAAUCAAAGGUGUGGGGCUUUGCGAGUGCCGCCAAUCAGUUGAUCUGGUGCUUGCCAAGGGCACAAAGCUUUGUAGAUGCCAAUGAUCUGCUUGGACCCCCUCAUCUCUAAAAUGUGGGUUUUACAACCCUAACCGAACAGUGUAAGACACCACAAUAACUAUUGCAGAGCACUUUACAAGCUGCAGCCAGCUUCCUAGUCAUUUUGCAUUUUUUUGUAUUUGUAUAAAAUUAGCCGAGAGCACUUUUUAAGUUUUUUGAGUAGUAGGCGAUAGUGGUGGCUUUCCUUUGGGCCGCACGUCACCUUUCUGCUGUAAACUUUUCAAAGCUUAGCAACUGUGUGGAAAGCAGAAGGUGGCAUCUUCAGAGGUUUUCGCUCCUGUGUGAGAACGAGGAAUGCUUCUGAGAGGGUGGCACUAGCGUGUAAUCAUACAAAAACAAAGAAUGCAUACUUCUUUUCCUGUAGAACUAGGGGUGGGAUUCCCCUAACAAGCCCCACCAGGAGAAGCCCUGCGCAAGGACUUGCACUUAAGAAAUGGGUGCCCCCAGAAUUGGUUCUGCAGGUGUUCGGGGCGAACCCCAAGAACAGGGAGGAGUGGGGGAGCACUCCAUGUUCCAAGCUGAAAUGCUUGCCCAGAUGGAGCGUUUGUCAUGGCGCAAGCAUUUCAUUUCCUCUGUUUUUUUCCUCCUAUGCAAAAUUUAAUCCAUCGGUUAACCAACUCCCAUCCAUGUGAUUUGGUGAUUCUGGUUUGUUUAAUGGGACGCUCAUGGGCGUACCCAGGAUCAAAACUGGGGGGGCAAGGGGAGGGGCCAAGGCACGGAAGGGGAGGGGCCACAAAGUGGGCGGUAACGGCGAACUCGCGCUCCGCCGGGCUGUGCCCCUCCCUAGAAGCA